UCUUUAUAAAGUGUACGUCCGAUUAAAAAACUGAAGGGGUAUCGGUGUUUGGUAUUUCUGUAUGCUUUGAAGCCAAAUUAGGAUUGAAUGGAAAGGAUGAACACAUCAAUUGUUUAUUGUAUAAUUUUGAUUGUUUAUUUUUGUUUGUUUCAUCCCAAAUAUUUCUUGAAUUCCUGAAAGACCUAAUUUGUUUUUUUUUUUUUUUAAUUUAAUGGUGGUCCUGUCCCUGAGAAAACAGCCACGGAGGAGGAUGAUGGUGAAAAGAUUGUCCCUGAGAAAACAGUCAUGGAGGAGUAUGGUAAUGGUGGUCAAAAGAUUGUCCCUGAGAAGGCUGUUUAUGUUGAUCCUUCAAGCCGUUGUUCAUCGAGUUUCAACUCAGACAAGAGUUCCUAUGAAUUGUUGUACGAAGAUAUUUUGAGAAGGGCUCGUAACGUACUCGUGCUUGCCAGACAAAGAGUGAAGACAAGACAGGGGAUUUCAUUCAGGAAGAAAAAUGGAGCUCUUGGGCUAACAAAGCCCUUUAAUAUUAUAAUUCCAAGCAGAAUGCCAAGUUCAGGCUUGUGAAGGUCGCAGCAAUGGUGCAAAAUGCUGUGAUGCCGAAAGCGAAGGUUCAUAUUAAUUUUGUGGCUAAAUCAGAUGAUGAUGAUUCCUUCCAACUCUUUUUCUCAGAAAUGUAUGUCCCGUGGAAUAAAGGACUUGAAACUGACAAACAAGGGUGUUGUAUCUUGGAGCUGGUUGAUUCAGGGAAUCCAAAUUCUAGUAUGUGUCAAUUAUGCUGGUAUCCUGGAUGUACAUUAAUGCAUCCUACACCUGGAUACGGUUUUCGCUCUGCCAGUGGAGAUCCGUUUACUGAUUUGGAGUCUCGCUUUCCUCCGCAAGUGACGCUUUUCUCAAGCAGAUUAUUGCCCAUGCCACUGCUUCCUGAUCCUAGGAUUGAGCUGAUUCCUGAUGCCAAGAAAGUCCUAGAACAGUAUAAUUCCAAUAAGCAUUCUAACUUCAAGUUUAAGGAGGUGACAGCGGUGAAAACGACUCACCCUUGGCAAUAUGCUAUUCAUAUGAAUUUUGUUAUGAAUUCUAGAGUUACUAGCUAGAAUUCUUGUAACAUAAUGUAACCUAAGAAUUGACUAAGACUUGAUGUAAGAAAUUGAUGUAAGAAUUAAUGUUGUCCAUUAUGGUUUUUAGGAGUUUCGGUAAGUUAAGUUUCCUAUUCUUUGUAUAAAUAGUUGUACAUAUUGUAAUACAAGGAUAUACUUUUCUCCUCAUAUUUA